AUGGCAGAGUUCGACCACCUGGAGGGGCACCUGGAGAAGUUUGUGGAGAACAUCCAGCAGCUCGGUAUCAUCGUCAGCGACUUCCAGCCCAGCAGACAGACUGGGCUCAACCAGAAGCUGAAUUUCAUUGGUACUGGCUUACAGGAUAUUGAUAAGUGCAGACAGCUGCUUUAUGAUAUUAUGGUGCCUGUAGAAGUUUUUGAGUGUACAGAUCAAGGCCAAACCCCCCAGCUCUACACCAAAGAGUGCCUAGAGCCGGCUCUGGCAAAGAAUGAGCAGGUGAAGGGCAAGAUCAACACGAUAAAGAAAUUUAAAAGCCUAUUGAUUCAGGAACUUUCCAAAGCCUUCCCAGAAGACAUGUCCAAGUACCGGAGCAUCCGCAGGGAGGACCACCCCCCCCACUUCCUAAUGAAGAAGCCAGCCCACGCCUUUCCCAUUUGA